UAGAAGCGAAGGACCCUCAGAAUCACACAGCCUGAUGGAAGUGAUUCUGAAGUGAACAACUAUUAAUGGAAAAAUCUCCAAAUAAGAUGAUUUCACAAAUGAAUCACUUCAAGCCUAAAAUGAUCAUUCCACCGAAUCACGUCAAUUUACCAAAAAUUAUCGUCAAUAGCAACCAAACACGAAAAAAAUUGUGGAAUCACGUUCCCAAGAAUCGUCCAAUAAAACACGCCCCUAAGCUGUAGAGGAUAUUCAUUUCAAACAUUCUGUCGCCACAGUCUGACGGAGUCCCGUCACGAUUCCAAUCCAACGGUUUCGUAUUUGAGGUCACGUGAAGUAAACUCAUCAACGCCCAGUCAUCUUUCAGUUAUUCUUAGACUCGUCUCUAGUCUACUCACCCAAUUUCCAGCUCAAGUUAUUCUCAGACAAGUUUCCUCUAGACGGUGAGUCUUCUUUCAGCCUGAGAUUCCACUUCAGAUUGUGAAGGCCAGUGAAGUGAUUUUAUACGAUUAUAAUGGAUACAUUUCCUAGCAUGGUUCUGAAGAAUCCCUUUAUGAAACUUAACAGAUGCGUAUUGGGUCAACAUGAAUCAAGUAAUUGGCGUGACUUAUUGAGUUGUUGCAAGCACAACCUGUUUGCAUCCAGGAUUCUAGCAGUUCAUACUAGUGAUCUUCAUUCAACUAUCAAUUGCCAUCUCUCUGAAGAGGUACGGCUGGAGAAGAAAGCAAGUUCUCAUGUUCCUAUCCCUGGAGAUUUUAGUUGGCCUUCUCCAGAUGAUGAGAUUCCUUUCUGGAAGAAGGACUUCCCUUCAUGGGACGUGAGCACAGAAAAUCCAGUUGCCAUAGAAAAGGAUUCUGAUCUUAUGCACAUAAUUCAUGUCACUGCUGAAAUGGCUCCAAUAGCAAAAGUUGGUGGCCUUGGAGAUGUUGUAACUGGGCUUGCACGUGCCUGUUUAUCACAUGGACAUAAAGUGGAUAUAAUGCUCCCUUUCUAUGAGUGCAUCCAUAAGCAGCAGAUUAAUGAAUUGACAUUAACCACUACAUACAAUUCAUAUCAUGAUGGAAAUUGGGUCCCUACCAAUGCAUAUCAGGGGAUGGUAUCAGGCAUCCCUGUGAUAUUAAUUGAACCUAUUAAUCAUUUCUUUAAGGGGCAAUCUUUAUAUGGAGGUUCCUACAAUGAGCUCGAGGCAUAUCUCUUUUUCAGCCGUGCUUGCCUUGAAUGGAUGCAGGUGACUGGGACUCAGCCUGAUAUUAUUAAUGUCCACGAGUGGCAGACUGGUGCCUUACCUCUACUUUAUUGGGAUAUGUAUCAUUCUCUCUCAAUUAAGAAACCAAGACUACUAUUGACAAUCCACAACAUGGAGCACUAUGGUGAGUGCAGCAAAGACGAACUAAGCAAAUGUGGUCUUGAUGGUUCUUUAUAUGCAACCAUUGAUAAGGCAGUUGAUGAUCGAACUAUUGGUCAUAAUCCUGAGAGAUUAAGUUUAUUGAAGGGUGGAAUUGUGUACAGCAAUGCAGUUGUUACAGUUUCUCCAACAUAUCUUGAGGAGACACUCCGUUCUGGGUGGCUUACAAGCACACUACUAAGAAACCGUCAUAAAUUUCGAGGGAUUAAGCCCAAUACAAGAAAAGCAUGCAAGCAUAACAAAGGAUUUUUCUGGAAACAUACGACUCCCUCAAUUCAUAAGGAUGCUAGUCCGCCCCUAAAAUAUCAAAAUGGUAGUACCAAACUGAACUACCUCAAGCAAGAAUAGAUGCUAUGCAUUUUUCUGUGUUACUGCCAGCCUUGCAGUUCAGUCUCUCUUUCUCUCUCAUCCGGCAUGUAUUGGAGUUGGGGCUGGGCUUGCUAGAAUCUCCCAAGGGUCCUCUUUUGAUCCCCCCAUGGUCUCGGCUGCUGAAGAUGUAAGUUGUUGGAGCACAACUCUUUCUUCCAUAGACUGCCAAGUACCGCCAGUUUGGUUUUUUGAGCUCAGUUUGUCUGAAAUGGUUUUUAUUGUGUUGAUUGGUUGCUUUUGGUUGAUGAGUUACAUUAUGUGAGACUUUUUUGUUAAUUUGGGAUGAAGCUACAUCGUGAAAGAUGUGUUUGGUUUGCUUUUCUUCAAGUUUCUAUGGUUUGCUUGCUUGCUGAAUCCCCGAAGCAUCGUCUCUGCCAUUGCCUCCUCUUGGUCCUUCAUUUCAAAUUACUUUCUAUUUUUGUAGUUUCUAAUUAAUUGUUGCUCCUUUGUUUAGUUUCUAUUAUUGUUAAGUAGCUAUAGUUAAAUUUUAUUCUGUACUUAGUUGUUAUUUUCAUAUGUAAUCUUAGAUUUAAAAAAAAAAAAAAAAAAAAAAAAAAAAAAAAAGCAACCCAGUGCGCAAGGUUCCUGCUACUGCAGGUUCUGGGAGGGGCAAAUGUAUGCAGCCUUACCCCCUGCUUCGUGGAAGAGGCUGUUUCCAAGUUUUGAACUUGUGACCAACAUUUUGCAAUAGUGCAACUUAACGGUUGCGCCAUAUGUAAUCUUAGAUUAUGAAGUUUUAAUUCAGUUAGGAUUGCAAUCUGUAGUGAAAUUUCUCCUCAUGCAAGAUGGGUUUGAAGCUAUUAAUAAAAGAAUUAAGGCUGGACUGCAGGCUAUGAUUUGAGUAAAAAAGAGAGAAAGCUAUGCUUUUUCUGAGUGAGUCAGUGGCUCUGUGAGAGAGUUAUGGAGAGACUUUGGGUGAGAGGCCCUUCCCUAUCCCUUCUUCCUCUUUGAUCUCUUUUGUUCCUAUUUAUUUGUUCUGCAAUUAAGCACCUGUGAAGCAAUUGACACCCUGCUGUGCUGCUGGACUUGCUGUUGGAUCUUAGAAGGCAAUACUGAGUUGUGACUUCAAUUUCUGAGCAUAGUUUUGAUGGCAUCUAGGAGACCCAAGGCAUUGGGGGGGGGUCUAAAUGCAAGGCGACACCCCAAGGAAAUCAAGGUGUCCAAGGUUUCUGGAUGCCUAGUUGCCUAGGUGACGCCUUGGCAACUAUGGUUCUGAGUUUGAGAAGCAAGAAGACAUCCUGCGGUAUCUGUGUUUGGAGUUCUCCUACUGUUAUCUUCAACCCAAAGAGCUGAAGUUUCUCUCAUCAGAUGCAGCCCAACCAUUAAUUCUGUAAUGUUCACCCAAAGUCCCUCCUUCAACAGAAAUUCUGGCUUGAUCUGAUGGCUGAUUUGACAGUUUCUGUGAGUUGCUAUUUUGUAGUGUUUACUUUCUAAUUUUGAACCGGUGUUUUAUCUCAGCAUCCAACCACUGGUUUGGGAUGAGGUUUUGAAGAGUUUUCCUACUCCAAAAGAAUCACCAUUGGUUGAAAUAUAAGCCCCAUCAGAGCGGCUUUAAUUGCUAAUUUUGUUACUGCUCAGUUUCUGGUUGUUUGACCUGUACAUGCCCAGAAAUAAUCCAUGGUGUGGGUUUAAUUGCCUUCAGUUGGGUCUCUUUUUACUGUACUUGCGUAAGUUGUCAGUAGUCAUUCCUGGUUAUGAGCUUUAACUUGUGGGCAUUAAGAUUGUAAAUAAUAAGAAAGAGGAAGAGAAAGAGAAGAGAACAAGAGAUGGCUGUAAUUCGGGAGUCAUAACCGUGAGGUUGGGACUGCGCACUUCAUUCAAAAUAUAUAUUAACUAUUACAAAGUCAUACCUUGAAUUGGAA